CGCUCCAGUUCUCGCGAUACUGGAGACCAGGAAGACGCCUGCAGAGCCGGGCUGCUGGUGCAGCAGAGGCUGAGGCAUCAGGUGCAGCUGCAUCCAGAUCUCCUGCCUUGGAACCUACUCCUUGUCUUCAAGUCGGGAGGAAGGAGGUGGUCAGGCCAGGGCUGUGGAGGUGCGCUGUGUCCCCUGAGGCCUAGAAGAUUCGGGCUGCGGCCUGUCGGAGCCAGUCAGGGAGGCGCCCACACUCCUGACAGGAUAAGAUGGCGGCGAUGGCGCCUGGAGGUAGUGGCAGUGGUGGCGGCGUGAAUCCAUUUCUCAGCGAUUCGGAUGAGGACGAUGACGAGGUAGCGGCAACAGAGGAACGGCGGGCAGUACUUCGGCUGGGUGCCGGAAGUGGCCUAGAUCCUGGCUCUGCGGGCUCGCUGUCGCCACAGGAUCCCGUGGCCUUAGGAAGCAGUGCGCGGCCAGGGCUCCCUGGGGAGGCAUCGGCGGCUGCAGUGGCCCUGGGGGGCACCGGGGAGACCCCGGCCCGAUUGUCAAUUGAUGCGAUCGCUGCUCAGCUGUUGCGCGAUCAAUACUUGCUGACCGCCCUGGAGCUGCAUACCGAGCUGUUAGAGAGUGGCCGGGAGUUGCCUCGGCUGCGCGACUACUUCUCCAAUCCAGGCAACUUCGAGAGGCAAAGUGGAACCCCGCCGGGGAUGGGGGCGCCAGGGGUCCCAGGAGCAGCCGGCGUUGGGGGCGCUGGAGGUCGGGAACCGAGUACAACGUCGGGCGGGGGACAGCUCAAUCGAGCUGGGAGCAUUAGUACCCUUGAUUCUUUAGACUUUGCAAGAUAUUCAGAUGAUGGUAACAGGGAAACAGAUGAAAAAGUGGCAGUCCUGGAGUUUGAACUACGGAAAGCCAAGGAGACCAUUCAGGCCCUCCGAGCCAACCUGACAAAGGCCGCAGAACAUGAAGUUCCUUUACAGGAACGAAAAAAUUACAAAUCAAGUCCUGAAAUUCAGGAGCCAAUCAAACCUCUUGAAAAGAGAGCUCUAAACUUCUUAGUCAAUGAAUUUUUAUUGAAGAAUAACUACAAGCUUACAUCAAUAACCUUUUCAGAUGAAAACGAUGAUCAGGAUUUUGAAUUAUGGGAUGAUGUAGGAUUAAACAUUCCAAAACCUCCAGACUUAUUGCAACUCUACCGAGAUUUUGGAAAUCAUCAAGUGACUGGAAAAGAUCUUGUAGAUGUGGCCAGUGGAGUAGAAGAAGAUGAAUUAGAGGCCCUUACACCAAUUAUAAGCAACCUUCCUCCAACUCUUGAAACUCCCCAGCCUGCAGAGAACUCCAUGUUAGUACAGAAAUUAGAAGAUAAAAUUAGUUUGUUAAAUAGUGAGAAGUGGUCAUUGAUGGAGCAAAUCAGAAGACUUAAAAGUGAAAUGGACUUCCUCAAAAAUGAACACUUUGCCAUCCCAGCAGUUUGUGACUCUGUUCAGCCUUCUUUGGAUCAGUUGCCCCACAAAGACUCUGAGGACAGUGGACAGCAUCCAGAUGUAAAUAGUUCAGACAAGGGGAAAAACACAGACAUCCAUCUUUCAAUAUCAGAUGAAACUGAUUCCACUAUUCCUAAAGAGAAUUCCCCAAAUUCAUUCCCCAGGAGAGAAAGAGAAGGAAUGCCACCUUCUUCUCCAUCAAGUAAAAACACAGUUCAUUUUGAUAAACCCAAUAGGAAAUUGUCUCCUGCAUUCCAUCAAGCACUACUCUCUUUUUGUCGAAUGUCAGCAGAUAGUCGUUUAGGAUACGAGGUGUCUCGUAUUGCAGAUAGUGAAAAAAGCGUUAUGUUAAUGCUGGGACGCUGCCUGCCUCACAUUGUUCCCAAUGUGCUAUUGGCAAAGAGGGAGGAGUUGAUCCCCCUCAUAUUGUGUACAGCAUGUCUACAUCCUGAACCUAAAGAGCGAGAUCAGCUUCUCCACAUACUUUUCAAUUUGAUCAAGAGGCCAGAUGAUGAGCAAAGGCAAAUGAUACUGACAGGUUGUGUGGCAUUUGCACGUCAUGUUGGACCAACACGUGUAGAAGCUGAACUUUUACCACAGUGUUGGGAACAGAUUAAUCACAAAUACCCAGAAAGACGACUGCUUGUGGCAGAAUCCUGUGGCGCAUUGGCACCUUACCUUCCGAAAGAAAUCCGUAGCUCCUUGGUUCUUUCAAUGUUGCAACAAAUGUUAAUGGAAGAUAAGGCAGAUUUGGUAAGAGAAGCUGUUAUCAAAAGCCUUGGUAUCAUAAUGGGGUACAUUGAUGAUCCAGACAAAUAUCAUCAGGGUUUUGAAUUGUUGCUGUCAGCCUUAGGUGAUCCCUCAGAAAGAGUGGUUAGUGCCACACAUCAAGUAUUUUUACCAGCUUACGCUGCGUGGACUACAGAACUUGGAAAUUUACAGUCUCAUCUUAUACUUACACUGCUGAACAAGAUUGAAAAACUUCUCAGGGAAGGAGAACAUGGGCUGGAUGAACACAAGCUCCACAUGUAUCUUUCUGCCUUGCAGUCGUUGAUCCCAUCUCUCUUUGCAUUAGUGCUACAGAAUGCACCUUUCUCCAGCAAAGCCAAGCUUCAUGGUGAAGUGCCACAGAUAGAAGUGACCAGGUUUCCUCGGCCUAUGUCGCCUCUUCAAGAUGUGUCCACUAUUAUCGGAAGUCGUGAGCAAUUGGCAGUGCUACUACAACUUUAUGACUACCAGCUGGAACAGGAGGGUACAACAGGCUGGGAGAGUUUACUGUGGGUUGUCAAUCAAUUGUUGCCACAACUUAUAGAAAUAGUUGGCAAAAUUAAUGUUACUUCAACUGCCUGUGUCCAUGAAUUCUCCAGAUUUUUCUGGCGCCUUUGCCGGACAUUUGGCAAAAUUUUUACAAACACUAAGGUAAAAACUUGUUUUUUUAAAAUUAUUUUAAUAAUUUUAGAUUCCUCAGCAGGAAAUGGGGUCCUCACUAAAGCUACAGUCCCUAUUUAUGCAACAGGAGUCCUUACGUGUUAUAUUCAGGAAGAAGACCGAAAACUGUUAGUUGGAUUCUUAGAAGAUGUAAUGACGCUGCUUUCAUUAUCUCAUGCUCCUCUUGAUAGCCUGAAGGCUUCUUUUGUGGAAUUGGGGUUUUUCUCAGAUUUCCAGCUUGUUUUCCAAAGUUAUGUCUAUUUUAUAUUUGAAAUACUGACUCUUCGAGGCAUGAGUGAAGCGUUAGUUGACAAGCGGGUUGCUCCGGCCCUUGUUACCUUGUCCAGUGAUCCUGAAUUCUCUGUCAGGAUUGCCACAAUUCCAGCCUUUGGCACUAUUAUGGAAACAGUAAUUCAAAGAGAGUUGCUGGAAAGGGUGAAAAUGCAGUUGGCUUCUUUCCUGGAAGAUCCUCAGUAUCAAGACCAACAUUCUUUGCAUACAGAGAUCAUAAAAACAUUUGGUAGAGUUGGCCCUAACGCAGAACCCAGGUUCCGAGAUGAGUUUGUUAUACCACAUUUGCAUAAGUUAGCCUUGGUGAACAACUUACAGAUUGUGGAUUCUAAAAGACUGGACAUUGCUACACAUCUUUUUGAAGCCUACAGUGCACUUUCCUGUUGUUUCAUUUCAGAGGAUUUAAUGGUUAAUCACUUUUUACCUGGUCUCAGAUGUUUACGGACGGACAUGGAACAUCUCUCUCCAGAGCAUGAGGUUAUUUUAAGUUCCAUGAUAAAAGAAUGUGAACAAAAAGUUGAAAACAAGACCGUCCAAGAGCCUCAAGGCUCAAUGUCAAUUGCUGCAAGCUUAGUGAGUGAAGAUACAAAGACCAAGUUUUUGAACAAAAUGGGCCAGUUGACAACAUCAGGUGCCAUGUUGGCCAAUGUGUUUCAGAGAAAGAAGUAGAAGCAGGAAGGAAGCCCCCAGUAAACACUAAGAUGGACCUCAAGCCGACUGGUUCCUUGUACUUGAAGUACUUGCCUUUUUUAUUUCCUCAGUUUUAUGUUCUUGCAUUAUAAUUUUAUCCUAACCUCCAAAGAUAUUUGCACUGCUUUUAAUUACUGCUGUAUAUUUGUUGAUUUUGGAGUUACAACUGUGGUGAUAGAAAAUUGAGUUGAUGGUCUGUACCAAGUCCCUUGUCUAUGUUCUUGUCUUUCAGAAUAAUUUUUAUAUAAAUAUAUAUAUAGUGAAGAAGUUUUUUUUAAUUUUUGGAUGGGAUAUUCGCAAAUAUCUGUAUUAUACACUAAGCUAUUACAAUGGUACUUAAAAUAAUGUAAAUUUGAAGUCAUUGUUAUAAAAUAAUAAAGUGGAGAUUACUUAAGUAUUUAAAUUAUGAAAGAAUAAUGCAGACUUUUUAUUGUUUCUUAACUGACUAGAAAGAGCCACCAGCAUUACUCUGUGCCUUUUGGACAUCAGUUUGUGUGUUCUGUAGGAAUUGUGUGCAUUCCAUUCACACAGUAUUUCUUUAGGAUGCUGUGAUGAUUUGAAUUACAAAUCCUACAGUAAAUAGCUAAAGAUGAAACCUUCAUUUCAGAACUCUCAUGAAUAUUUUUUAAGUGCUAUUUAAACCUCCCCAGCACUUAGAUGCAUAUAAUGGACUUACCUGAGGAAAGACAGCACAUAGGCAUGGGGAGAGGUAACCAAGGUGAAUUUUACAAACUGGUGUGUAAUAGAUUUAAAUGCUCAAAAAUAAAUGUAACUGAGAAGAGUUAAUAAUUGUGAGAUUUUUCCCAAAUUGAGAUACAGAAGAAAAUAUAGUUUGAAUCUGAAAUUUAACACUUAUUUAUGUAAAACAUUUUAUUUAAGAUAUUUUCUAAUGAUUUUAAUUUUAGAGAGUACCUUUUCAUCCUGUGUGUUACAGAGAAGUACUGAAAAGUUAAGGACACUUGGGGGCUACUUUUUUUCCCUCUAAAAUAAAAAAAGACAUUGGCUAAAUUAUAACUAGUUAAUUAUCACCUUGUCCCUUAAAGUCAGUGACUUCCUGUGUUUGAUGUAUAUUACAUAGAGUCUUAAGUCGGUGUACAGUUCCACUGGAAUUCGACAGUUGUCUAUACAGUCACGCAACUUGAAGUAGAAAAGAGUGCUGGACAUAGGAAGGGGGUGAUUGGUUUGAGGGGUUAAUGUGAGGCCUUUUUGAAAAAUGAAUAUUUUGAUAAAAAGAAUUCUUGUUUUAGCACAGUUGAUGCAUAUAGGUGAUUCUCAUAUUUGUUGUAUAAACUGGUUUAAUACAUUUGGAACAUAGUUGGAUUACAUUCAUUUCCUGGGAAAGUUAGCUUACCAUACAUUCAAGUUUAUAAAACAAUUUGCCAUAGGCAAAGCCAUUUAAAAAGUUCAUUCUGAAAUUAUUUCAUUUACCUACAGUGAAAUAAUUGUGAACCAAGUAGUCUUUCUGAAAACUGUUGGGUUCUAGGCAUUCCUGAGAAAUUGAAAGUGGCUACCUUUCAUGUCAAAAAUGUUGAUCUGUUAUAAAUAAAAUGUUUUUGCAUAUGUU